AUGAGGCUCUACGUCUACGUCUUGCAGGCGAAGGAUUUGCCGGUUAAAGAGACAUUCGCCACGCUUCUCGUUGGGAAGCACAAGUCCAAGACGAGGCUUGCCAGAGCCACUUCGCACCCGAUCUGGAAUGAGGAAUUCGUCUUCAGAGUCAGUGACGUCGACCAUGUUCUUGUUUCGGCUUUUCACCACGACCAAGACCACUCAAAUGCCUCCACCGCCCUUUUAGGUCAAGUUCGGAUACCGCUUUCUUCCGUCGCCGCCGAAGAUAACCAAACCCUGUUGCCGACGUGGUUCGUCCUUGAAAAGCCCAGUGACGGCAACUUCGUUAACAUCGAAUGUGGGAAAAUCCUUCUCAGUUUGUCUUUGCAAGGGAAGUGGGAAAGUAUCCCUGGUGACAAAAUUUCCCAUGAAAAGCAGGAUAUCAACUUGGAGAGCGUUAAAGAACUCGAAGGAUCGGCUAAAGAUUUGGGUUCCUCCAAAGAUGGGAGACGGCGUAAACACCAUGAAGGGAAGCACAUAAUGAAAAAUUUUGUCAACCAGAUUGACAAGCUUUUUCAUAAGAAAGAGGAAAUCUCUAAAACACUUCAUGACGACUCAUCAGGACAAACUGUAACCUCAAAUUAUGAGGAUGCCACAGAAAAAUCUUCUUCCUCUGCUACUUGUACUAGCUUUGAGGAAGGCCUUGACCUGAUACAGUCUACUGACAGCGAAAAGGAAGAAAUGCCUGAGAAUCUUCUAGGAGGAAUUCUUCUUGAUCAGAAAUAUUUAGUCUCACCUUGCGAUCUUAACAAAUUUCUUUUCAUGCCAAGUUCGCAAUUUAGGAAGGAGUUGGCUGAAAUUCAAGGUUUAACAGAUGUACAGGAAGGGCCUUGGACAAUGAUACAAGAAGAUAAUCCUCGUCUAACACGGGUUGUAACAUACAUGAGACCUGCAACAAAGUUGGUCAAAGCAGGAAAAGCUACAGAGAAUCAAGUUUACCGGAAAGCGAGUGGGAAGCAGUUUGCUGUUUUUGUUAGUGUAAGCACACCAGAUGUUCCCUAUGGAAAUACCUUUAAAAUAGAGUUGCUUUACAAGAUACUACCUGGAACAGAGCCAAGUGCUGAUGGGGAAUCUUCUCGGCUGAUUAUAUCAUGGGGAAUUCAAUUUAGUCAAAGUACUAUAAUGAAAGGUAUGAUUGAAGGAGGUGCUAGGCAAGGGCUGAAAGAUAGUUUUGAGCAAUUUUCUGAUCUCCUCGCUAAGAAUUACAAAACUCUUGAUUCGGCGGUUUUAUUGGACAAAGAGCAGGUUCUAGCAACAGUGCAGUCAGAGCGAAAGACUGAUUUGAAAUCAGCUUUUCUGUACUUCUGGAGUUCCUCUGUCGUCUGUGCUAUUCUUUUGUCUGUUUAUGUUGUGGUACAUAUUCUGCACUGUGAGCCCAGCAAAAUCCAAGGACUUGAAUUCUAUGGGCUUGAUUUACCUGAUAGUUUUGGAGAGCUAUUCACUAGUGGAAUACUAGUUCUUCUUCUGGAGCGUGUUUAUAUGAUGACAGUCCACUUUAUACAAGCUAGAUUGCAUCAAGGAAGAGAUCAUGGAGUCAAAACCAAUGGUAAGGGCUGGAUUCUGACAAUAGCUCUAAUUAAGGGAACAAAUUUGGCUUCUGUGGAAGCAACAGAGCUCUUUGAUCCUUAUGUUGUUUUCACUUGCAAUGGGAAAACAAGAACAAGCUCUGUAAAACUUCAAUCUCAGGAUCCUCAGUGGAAUGAGGUAAUCGAGUUUGAUGCUAUGGAGGAACCACCGUCGGUAUUAGAUGUGGAGGUAUUUGAUUUUGAUGGUCCAUUUGACCAGGGUGCCUCUCUUGGGCAUGCAGAGAUCAAUUUCUUGAAACACACCGCUGAUGAACUUGCGGACUUGUGUGUUCCCCUAGUUGGUCAUCAUGCUCAAGCGUCUCAGUCAAAGUUACAGUUGAGAAUUUUUCUCGAAAACAAGAACGGGGUUGAAACAAUGAAGGAUUACUUGAGUAAGGUGGAAAAGGAAGUUGGAAAGAAGUUGAACAUUCGGUCACCACAAAAGAACUCUGCUUUCCAGAAAUUGUUUAGUUUGCCCCAUGAAGAAUUUCUUCUCAAAGAAUAUACAUGUUACUUGAAGAGAAAACUGCCUGUGCAGGGAAAGCUCUUUCUCUCUGCUAGAAUUGUGGCGUUUCACUCCAAUAUAUUUGGACAUAAGACAAAGUUUUACUUCCUCUGGGAAGAUAUUGAUGACAUCCAAGUGCUUCCUCCAACUCUUGCUUCCUUAGGUAGCCCUUUGCUGCUCAUUAUUCUUAAAAAGAACCGAGGUCUUGAUGCAAAGCAUGGGGCUAAAUCUCAGGAUGAGGAAGGGAGACCUUGGUUCUAUUUCCAGUCAUUUGUGUCAUUUGAUGCAACUAGCAGGACAAUCAUGGCUUUGUGGAAAACGAGGACGUUGAGUGUAGAUCAUAGAGCACAAAUAGCAGAAGAAGAACAAGAUGUAGCAGAUCCCUUCCUCUUGCCUAACGAUGUUGCAGUUGUUUCAGAUGCGGAUGCAUCCAAGAUGUCGAAAGUGUACACGUGUGAUCUACCUUGUGAUGUAGAAUUGGUUAUGAAGAUCUUUGGUGGAGGAGAAAUGGAGCGUAAUAUCAUGGAGAAAUCUGGAUGCCUCAAUUAUGCGAGUACAACAUGGGAAUCUAAAAAACCGGGGGUCUAUGAAAGACGGCUUUCUUACAGGUACAACCAUUAUGUUUCCGUGUUUGGAGGCGGAGUCACCUGCUCGCAACAGAAAUCUCCAGCGCCAAAUGAUGAAGGCUGGAUCUUGAACGAGAUUGUGGCUCUCCAUGAUGUUCCAUUCGGGGACCAUUUUCGUGUGCAUCUAAGGUACGAGGUGAAGAAAGCAGGAGUUGAUUGUAAAACAAGCAAAUGCGAGGUUUAUCUGAAGAUCAGGUGGCUCAAACCAAUCAAGUUUGAGCAGAGAAUAAGCAGAAGUAUAAUGGAGAAAUUCAGGAAUCGAUUGAAGGUGAUAUUUGAUUUGUUCCAGAAAGAAUCUGUUGGAAAUUCAUCUUUGACACUUAUAUGA